AUCAAGAGAGAGUCAAGCAAAUGUCAGUGCAGAUAUAUGUACAUCUUCUGUGACGGUAUAUGUCUGCAGUGACGAAUUGCAGAUUGAACUCGAUCGUCAGUACGAAAUGCAAUCAAAUCUCCAUCCUCGGCACCGCUGUAUAAGCAUGGCAAGCUUGCUUCGCCACGCCAACUUGUACGGACACCAACGACAGCGCCGCCGUGGGCUCGAUCGCACGUGGUUUUACUCCCCCGAGAUGAGGAUGGCGUCGGCAUGGCAGCUGCUCCUGCCGGUGGCGCUGUGCUGCUUCGGCGGCGCAGCCGGCGAGGGGUGGCGGUGCAGGUUCCCGGCGGUGUUCAACUUCGGCGACUCCAACUCCGACACGGGCGGCUUCUGGGCGGCCUUCCCGGCGCAGCCGCCCCCGUUCGGCGUCACCUACUUCGGCCGCCCCGCCGGCCGCGCCUCCGACGGCCGCCUCGUCAUCGACUUCAUAGCUCAGGCCAUGGGGCUGCCGCUGCUGAGCCCCUACCUGCGGUCCGUCGGCUCCGACUUCCGGCACGGCGCCAACUUCGCCACGCUCGCCUCCACGGCGCUGCUGCCCAACACGUCGCUCUUCGUCACCGGGGUCAGCCCCUUCUCCCUCGCCAUCCAGCUCCGGCAGAUGAAGGAGCUCAGCAACAGAACCAUCGCCUCCCGCGGCACCAGUGACCAGCUUCCCCCGCCCGACGUUUUCGGCGACUCCCUGUACACGAUCGACAUCGGCCAGAACGAUUUCACCUCCAACCUAGGGUCGCAGGGCAUCGAGAGUGUCAAGCAAACGCUUCCUUCAAUCGUCAGCCAGAUCUCAGGGGCAGUACAGGACUUGUACAGCAUCGGGGCUCGCAACUUCAUGGUGUUCAACAUGGCGCCCAUCGGCUGCUACCCGGCCUUCCUCGUGGAGCUUCCUCACGGCAGCGACGACCUGGACGAGUACGGCUGCAUGACGAGUUACAAUAGCGCGGUUGUCUACUACAAUGAACUGCUCAACAGCACCUUGGCCGAGGAUAGGAACAUGCUGCAGGAUGCGUCCAUCGUGUUGGUCGACAAAUACUCCGCCAUGCUCGAGCUGUUCCAGCAUCCAGAAGAUCAUGGGCUCGAGUAUGGGACCAAGGCGUGCUGCGGAUACGGCGGCGGGGCUUACAAUUUUAACCCGGAUCUGUACUGUGGCACCAGCAAGAUUGUGAAGGGCAACGUUGCUAGUGCGACGGCCUGCGGAGAUCCCCAGAACUACGUGAGCUGGGACGGAAUCCAUGCCACUGAAGCUGCAAAUAAUAUCAUAGCAUCUGCGGUGAUGAGUGGCUCCUACUCGUAUCCACCUUCAGACCUUUCCAAACUUUGCCAGCCAUGACCCCGUAGCCUGAUCACAUCACAAGUUUACUCAGAGAUACUGCUUGCUCAAACCAAGUUAUCCUCCUGUGCUGUCAGAUAACAGCGCAAGUUUAGUCAGAGACAUUGUUGCUGAUACCAAAUUACUCAUUCUGUCAGUUAACAGCUGUGUAGAAUGAUUACAGAAAAUAAGAGCCUCAUUGUAAGUGUAUCCAGUACAUGUAGUACUAAAAGAUUAGACAAAAAAUUGUAGCCUCUAGUGUAAUCA